AUGGCUGACUCGAUAUAUACAGACUUCCUAAUUUCCGGGUCGUGGGCUUUAUGGAUGGCCUCCUCCGAAGUGGAUCAGAAGGCCCUGGGCAAUUUCGCGGCCGUCAUGGACCUCGAAAAUCCCUUGCUCUCGGCAAUGCUAUACAAAGUCCUCGGAGUCUCCGUCAUGCUAUCAAAAAAGCUUCUUAGAGCCCGCAAGCUGCGGCGACUCGACACAACACGUGAAACAAGAUCCCUUCAGCUGUACCAUCGUAUUAUAUGGCUCUCCCGUGAAGGCCUACUAAUACUGGAGGGCUACAUCCUCCCCAUGGUAGACAGGUUUGUGGAGCUGAAAGUGCUCGCCUACAAACUCCGCGCUUCCUUCUACCAUAUCUUCGUCCUAUUCCACAGUCGCCCAAUUUUUACUCCCGACACCGACAUACCAACACGUUUCAAACAUGACUCCAUAUACGGCGCAGAUACCCUAACCGCCCUCGGCGUCUCCCACCCCUACAAGUCCAAAAUCAAUGCGGCAUCAACACCAACAUCCCGUCCUCCAGGCCUUCCAGUACUGCAACCAGUUCAGCCACCCCAACCCAUCUCCUCCUUCCUCCUCCCCCCAUUAGACUACACAGCCACAGCAACAGCCUGCUUCAACCACGCAGCAACCCUCUCCGACAAACUCCUACCAGGCUCGCACCCUCUGCGUCUCUCCGUCAAGCUGGAAUACGCGGCCUAUCUAUAUGACUGCCUCCAAGACCCUAUUGCGUGCCGCCGCCUCGCAAAACAGGCCAUCGCGGACGUCUACAAUUCCCAAGAAGGCAUGGACGACGAAAGCUUCGAAGACGCCGCAGAGAUCGUCACUGUGCUGGGGAAGAUGGUCAAACGCGGCGGGAAGCCUGGUUCCAGUACCGGCACUCCCGGGAGCAGUGUCUCCCGCGGUGGUGGCUCACACAGUCGCAGUAGUCGCUCGCCUAGUCAUGUUAGUGUGCCGACUACCGUUUCGCCAGUUCCGGUGACGAAAUCUACUCCUGUUUCUGGAGUUCGUGGGGGAGAGAGCCGGCCGGCUGGUCCUGAUGCUUCUAUGAUGAAUCCGUUUUAA